GAGAGAAAAGAAAUCGGCAUCUUUCUCCCACUUCGAUCUCGAACCGAUGUUCCGGUUCUUGAUCGCGGCGCUGCUCGUCGCUGCUGCUACGGGAGCGCUCGAGAGCGAGAGAAGCGUUGUUCCAGCUCUCUUUGCGUUUGGGGACUCGCUGCUCGAUGCCGGAAACAACGUCUACAUAGCGAAUUCCUCCGCGCGUGUCGAUUUUCCUCCCUAUGGAGAGACUUUCUUCCACAGGCCAACUGGAAGGUUUACAAAUGGAAGAACCAUCGCCGAUUUUCUCGCUAUGCAUCUCGGACUACCAUUGCUUCGACCUUCGCUUGAUCCGGCUGCGAACUUUUCCAAAGGAGCUAACUUCGCAUCUGGAGGGAGUGGAUUGCUCGAGUCGACGAGCUUUGAUGCUGGUGUUUUCUCGAUGAGCAGCCAGAUCAAACAAUUUAGCCAAGUUGCUUCCAAACUGACCAAGGAAAUGGGGAAUGCCGCUCAUGCAAAACAAUUCCUUUCCCAAGCUCUCUACAUCAUCACAAGCGGCAGCAACGAUAUCGGAAUCACCUAUCUUGAAAACACAACUCUCCAGCAGACUGUAAAGCCACAGGAAUUCGUCCAGGGCCUCAUUCAUGAAUAUAACAAAACCAUCCUGGCUCUUCACAGACUCGGUGCGAGGAAAAUGGCGAUUUUCGAGCUGGGAGUUCUUGGCUGCACGCCAUUCUCUCGGCUCGUCGCGAGCACCAUGAACGAGACUGGCUGCCUCACACAAGCCAAUCAGAUGGGCGUGCUCUUCAAUGCAAAUCUCGAGCAGCUUGUUCGUGAUUUGCGAUCCCAGCUUCCGGAUAUGAAGAUCGCUCUCGGCAAAACGCUCAACAUCUUCACUGGGAUCCUCAACAACGCAACACAUUAUGGUUUUGCGAGCACGACAUCUGCUUGCUGUGGAGCGGGGCCUUUUAAUGCAGGUGUCAGCUGUGGGAGAAAAGCUCCACCAAACUAUCCAUACAAGGUGGCCACCGGAAAGAAACCGUCUAGAUUUCUCUUCUGGGACAGAGUACACCCCACCGAGGUUGCUUACUCUCUCGUCUUCAAGCAGCUGUGGGGUGGAGAUUUGGGAGCUAUAGAGCCCUUCAAUCUCAAGCAAUUGUCCACCAUGAUAGAUUGACAGCUUAUUUUUUUCCUAAGGAAUGUACUGCGUAUUCCUUAUAUAGAUGUCUAAUUAAAUUUUACUUGUG